CAAAGUAUCCCAAAUCAACCAAAGGCAGUUGUAGCAUACUCAAACAUGGUCUAUGCGUAUACACAAAACCUUUACUAAAAUAAACAAUCUUAUUCACCAGAUUCCCUCUCUCUCUCUCUCUCUCUCUCUCUCUCUUCGUCUUCUUCAAUUCAACUGUCUACUUUCCGGCAACCCCAAGAAAUUACAGACAAAACCCACAACAAGAUCACCAUGGAUGACGAUGUAGUUCACCGAGUUUUACAAGAAGGUGGCCGCGAUUACUACCAACAGACACCCUCCACAUCCUCAUCGUCGCCGUCUAUUCUCCAAUCUCUCCCUCUUCACGCGUCGUUCGACCGUGGCUAUUAUUUGUUGGUAAAGUCAAUUCAAGAACUUCGGUCGAAAAAAGAAGGUAUUGUCGCAGUAGGCAUCGGUGGCCCAAGCGGAUCCGGUAAAACAAGUUUGGCAGAGAAGGUGGCAUCGGUGAUUGGUUGUAGUGUUAUAUCGAUGGAAAACUAUGGUACCGGUGCUGAUGAAGGGAAUGAUUUGAACUCAAUCGAUUUUGAUCUUCUUGUGCAGAAUCUUCAGGACUUGUUAAGGGGCAAAGAUAUAUCGACACCUGUGUUUGACUUCCAACAAAAAAGACGCGUUGGAACUAAAGAAAUCAAGAGUACUUCUUUUGGUGUGGUUAUAGUUGAUGGUACAUAUGCUCUCCAUGCAAGACUACGAUCGCUGCUAGAUAUUCGUGUUGCAGUGGUUGGUGGGGUUCAUUUUAGUCUACUUUCUAAAGUUCAAUACGAUAUCGGAGAUUCUUGCUCAUUGGACAAUUUAAUCGAUAGCAUAUUUCCGUUAUUUCGGAAACAUAUCGAACCGGAUCUUCACCAUGCACAGAUUAGAAUUAACAACAGUUUUGGUGCAUCGUUUCGAGAUUCAAUUUACAAACUCAAAUGUAAAACCGAGUCAGAAAGUGAACAAUCAGCAUACUCUUUUCCAAAGAAGGAAGCACAGAUCGAUAAUUUUAUCGAGAUGUACUUAAGGCCUCCGUCUGCAAGUGAAGAGGCGCGUGUUAAUGACUGGAUUAAGGUUCGCCAGAGCGGCAUCCGAUACUAUCUUUCACUCGGUGAUCAAAGAAUUGUCGACAAAAAUUUCAUUAUUAGGCCAAAAGCUGAGUUUGAGGUUGGAAGAAUGACCCUUGGUGGUUUGCUGGCUUUGGGGUACAACGUUGUUGUCAGUUAUAAACGGGCAUCUAAAGCGAUUGUUUAUGGAGAUCUUUCAAUAUCCCUAGAGACCAUAGACACUCUUUCUGAAACUUACAUAGUUCUCAGGGGCAGAGAUAGAAAGAUGGUCGAAGCAGAGGCAUCAAGACUCGGAAUCACCGGCCCUUGGAUCACUAAAUCAUAUCUUGAAAUGAUUCUUGACAGCCAAGGUGUUCCCCGCCUUAAUACACCUCCGCCUAUGGCCACCAGACCGUCAGGAAUAAACAGAGAACCCCCAAUUGUUGCACCGAAACCUCUUCGGAUACGACCUGAUCUCGUGAACCGGGACGACGAUAUAACUCAACCGUGGACCCGAUCACCGACCAAGUCGAAAAUGGACCCUGUCUUAGCCCCAUGGCGGUUCAUAUCAUCAGACGGCUCAGUUGUUGAUGAUCCUUCUUCUUUUAGGGAUACUCUGCAGCUUGCCCCAAUGCCCGAUUCUUUUGAUCUUGAUAGAGGACUGCUUCUUGCCGUUCAAGCGACACAGGCUUUGUUAGAGCACAAGGGGCUGCCAGUGAUCGUCGGGAUCGGAGGUCCAAGUGGGUCUGGAAAAACUAGUUUGGCACGUAAAAUGGCAAGUAUCGUUGGUUGUGAAGUUAUUUCACUCGAAAGCUAUUAUAAGUCUGAGCAGCUAAAGGAUUUUAAGUAUGACGAUUUUCGAUCGUUUGAUCUAGCUUUACUCACAAAGAAUAUUGGUGAUAUCAGAAGAGGUCGAAAAACAAAAGUACCUGUAUUCGAUUUGGAGAGCGGUGCUCGAAGUGGAUUUAAAGAACUUGAAGUUGAUGAAGAUUGUGGAGUGGUGAUUAUUGAAGGUGUCUACGCUUUGCACCCUAAUAUCAGAAAGUCACUCGAUCUUUGGGUUGCUGUUGUUGGAGGUGUACAUUCGCAUUUAAUUUCUCGAGUUCAAAGAGAUAAAACUAAAGCAGGAUGCUUUAUGUCACAAAACGAGAUCAUGACAACUGUAUUCCCUAUGUUCCAGCUACACAUUGAACCACAUCUUGUCCAUGCACAUCUGAAAAUACGUAACGAUUUUGAUCCAGUUCUUUCCCCCGAGAGCUCAUUGUUUGUGUUAAAAAGCAACACGCAAGUGGCGUAUCAAGAUAUCUUGAAGUUACUCGAUCCCGCAAAGAUCUGCAGCUCGGCUCAGAAUUUUAUUGAUAUUUACCUUAGACUUUCGGGAAUUCCUGCUACUGGACAAUUAACCGAAAGUGACUGUAUGAGGGUGCGAAUAUGCGAGGGCCGGUUUGCAUUGCUGAUACGCGAGCCUAUAAAAGAAGGGGAUUUUAUAAUUCAACCCAAGGUGGACUUUGACAUCAGCAUCAGUACAGUAUCCGGUCUUCUUAAUCUUGGGUAUCAAGCUGUAGCUUACAUUGAAGCAUCAGCAUAUAUCUACCAAGAUGGAAAGCUUUUAAUAGAAGUUGAUCAUCUAAACGACGUACCGGGCCCGUAUAUACAAAUCAAAGGGGCAAACAAAGAAGUUGUUAUAGCUGCCGGUUCAACGCUUGAGCUAGAUGGUUCAUAUACCACAAAAAGUUACCUUGAAAUAGUGCUGGAAAAAUUGCCGGCAUCCGAGAGAGAUUCAAACGGUAUUCACGCUCAACAAGCUGCACGGUUACAAGAACUUGUUGACAAUAUCCAAUCUCAGGGUAGUAGCACAUCUUCCGAAUCAUCACCUAGUAGGGAGGUUGGUUCACCUGUCGAAGGUGUGAUUGAAGAUAUGCAAUCGAGAAUCAAGAGACUCGAACGUUGGCAGGCAAUUAAUACAGUGCUAUGGACGUUCUUGAUGUCGGCUUUUGUUGGAUAUUCACUCUAUCAAAGGAAGCAUCAGUAACUAUAAAUUUUAUACAAUUUUAUAUAACUCAGAGAUGAACAUUGACUUACUAACCACAUAGCGGUAAAUACUGGAAAAGGUUUUUUUUUUUUUUUUUUUUUUUUAAAUACAUAAUUGAAAAUGUUAUACUCUCACAUAUGUAGAGUAUAAAAUAGGGGCUCGGGUAUAAGUAUUAUACAACGAUCUUUGUCUGUCAUUGCUCAAGAUGAGUACUCUGUUCUUAAAGCAAA